UGUGCAUGAUUACUUGGUUAAGAAGGGACUACAUUUGACUGCUGAUUUAUUUGCCAUCGAAGCUAAUGUUGUUCUUCCCAAUCAUGUUGCAAUGGAAUCCCCAGAGGGGUUUCUAAAGGAGUGGUUGAAUUUUUUCUAUGAUACAUACACGUUUCAUCAGGAUGAGCAUGCCCAAGAAUCCAAUACGGAGGUGUUGCCUAAACUUUUCCAAUUUAAGUUCAUCUUUUUCAAAGAAUAUUAUAAUCUAAAUGCAUGAUUUUUUUGAACUCUCAGGCAGCACAUAUUAUUGACAAUGUUGUAUGUAAUAUCCCCUCCGCUCUGCCAGCACUUUCUCCUCAUUCUACCAUGCUAUUGUUUGAGCAUAAUAUAUCUCCUAUGGUGCCGACCUUCCACCUGACAACACCUGACUAUGCGUUGAUGUAUGAUUUAAACUUUUUUGAUAGGCAUCAUCCAACUCAGCUAGUGCCAUUUGAAACUAAUUUUAGCUACCCGAUGGAGCUGAUACCAGAUAUGCCUCAACAAUGGGAGGCAAGAGAUGAAGGAGAGGGGCUUGGUAUUUUCAUCGAUCAAACUAUGCAGAUUGAACCAAAUUACUCCGAUGCUCUUACUACGGCUAUGCUUCCGAUGCUAGAUACUUCUGAAGUAGGUUUGUUUGUAUUGGUUUCAAAUGCCUUGUGUUUUAGAAAAAAAGAAAGUCUUUUACCAAAAAUUAAAUUUCUAAUUCUUUAUUUAAAUUUAUGUGGCAUAGGGAGCGAUUUUAAGAAAGAAAGGGAGUCUUUUGAAACAUGA